CUAGAUGAAUUUGGCAUCAAAUUCUGGCAACGAUAUUUUUUGUCAAAAUUCAUGUAAAAAUGGUAGUCUCAAUUCUCCUAUAUGUACAUAGGUUGAAAUUUCCCACAGCCAUAACUUGGUCAAAUCUCUUUCGAUUUUUACAAUGAUGAAUUAUGAAUGAAUUUGGCAUUUAUGUCUGGCAACCUGAUUCAUGGUCGAAAUUCAUGCGAUAAUGGUAUCCUCAAAAACAUGAUAUAGACAUAGGAGAAAAUAACGCACCGCCUUUUAAUCAAGAUUGCUUAAAACAGAAAGAAACAGUCGGACAUAGUUCUUCUGUGUGUAGAAAUUAUGAUGACAAGUCGUGACCCUUUGCAUGUCUAAAGGAACUAAAACCUUUGGGUUAUUUAAUUCUUAUUGUAGCUGCUUUCCUUACGGGUACCUUCCGUUCACACAUCCGGCAAACUUUGACGCACAGCAUCCGUUCAUUGAUUGCGGGUCAUUUGACAAUUUUAGAUACUUUAUCCUUUUUCCGCUUCUGUACAUUUCCAUGGCCCGUUGGCCAGCAACGGUUUCGGCAUUUGGCCAUUCAAAAAAGGCAUUUUGACCGCAAAAGGGAGCUUUUCUCCAGGUAUUUCACCACACCACGUUUGCGCAGAGCGAAAAGCUUUUGUGGGGCUGCGGCAAGUUUUGAAAUGGGCUGAAAAAAGUUGGAGUGUUUUUUUUUUGGGCCGCUUUUUGUGGUGGCCAACGGCGGCCGUUGGCGGUUUCAUUAUCGUCGCGGCGCUGCUGGGCAACGGUUCAUUGGCACGGCAAAAUCCAGAAAAUCGACAGGUGCGAAAUUGAACGUAACGAAUUAAAUUUUCGAAAAAAUCAAAUGCAGUCAAAAAUUUUAAAAAUCAUUUAAGCAAAAACAAAAAUACAACAAAACGUGCAUUUAUUGUGUUCAGUUUGAUUUGAGUGUGUUUGCUUGUGUGUGUGUGUCUGUGUGUGUGUGUGUUUGUGGCUAUUACGAAAAUCGAAUCGAACAUUUUGGAAAAACAUAACUUGAGUAAACAAACGAGAAGUCCAUUUGGCCUGUCUCCGAUAAACAGCUUACAACUCACAGCCAAACCAAGUAUAAUUUCUAAAAAUAUACAAAAAGAGAUUUUUCUGAACGCGUUUGUCAAAAAUUUAAGGAAAGGGAAAUCCGUGCUGAAAUCUUAGGAUAAUAUAUAAAGAUGGCACAUGCGACUGGCAACGGCAAUCAACAUCAAAUGGCUGAGGACGAACUCUUUGGCGAUUUGCAGGAGAUUCUUAAUGCCGGCUCUGAACAGAACGCGCCGCCCAUGCCGCAGACCUUCCCACAGUCCGCCUCGCUGCCCGUAAUGCCGUCCCAUAUACCGUUGUCCGUGCCGGCGGCGUCGACUGCCCAACGGCGACCCUAUAUUCGCAUUGUCGAGGAGCCCACCAACAAAAUCAUUCGUUUUCGCUAUAAGUGUGAGGGUCGCACGGCUGGAUCCAUAGCCGGUAUGAACUCAACGCCGGAGGCAAAAACCUUUCCCACCAUCGAGAUUGUCGACUACAGCGGACCCGUUGUUGUCGUCGUUUCUUGCGUCACCCGGGACAAGCCCUAUCGCCAGCACCCGCACUGGCUGGUCAGCAAGGAGGAGGUCGAUAACUGCAAGAGCGGCGUUUACAGCAAGCGCCUGCCGCCCGAGGAGCGCCGCCUGGAGCUGCAGAAAGUGGGCAUCCAGUGCGUCAAGAAGACGGAUGUGCGCGAAUCCCUGCUGGCACGCGAGCAGAAGAACAUUGAUCCGUAUCACGCCAAGUUCGAUCAUAAAGACAAUAUAAGCAGCAUCAAUCUGUACGAGCUGCGUCUGUGCUACCAGGCCUUCAUCAAGGUGGGCAACAACAAUGUGCCGCUCGAUCCGGUCGUCUCCUCGCCGAUCUACGGCAAGAGCAAUGAGCUGACCAUUAAUCGGUUGUGCAGCUGCUCGUCCAAGUUGAGUGGCGGCGAUCAGAUCAUAAUGUUGUGUGAGAAGAUAUCCAAGGAUGACAUAAGGAUACGCUUCUUCGAGACCAACGAGGCAGGCGUCGAAAUCUGGGAAGCCUACGCCGAUUUUCAGCCCACGGAUAUCUACAAGCAGACGGCCAUAGUCUUCAGGACGCCACGUUAUCGCAAUCCCGAGAUCCAACACAGCGUGCAGGUGGAGUUACAACUGGAGCGACCAUCGGAUCGGGCGACGAGCGCCGCGCUACCGUUCGAGUACUAUCCCAAUCCAGGUAUGCUAACUUUUGCGCGUCUACAGCGCAAGCUGAAGCGCAAACAGGAGCUGGACGUCUUCCAGCAGAUACUUUCUCUAGAUAGCGAGACCACGGCCACGAAAUAUUCGUGCCCGCCGUUGGAUCUCAACGAGGACGAAAACACCGUCUCUUCGGACGAACAGCAGAGCUCGGGCACGCUCAACGAUUUCGAGAUUGCGGUCAAAAAGCUGCAGCUGCGGCAGCGCGUCGAGUCCGAGGCCAACGAGGCGGAUGCCACAGUUACCGAAUACACCGAUGGCCUGGACAAUGACAACGAUCAGGAGCCGGACAUGGAGAUCGAGCUGGAAGUGCCACAGCUUCUGCCCCAACUGGCCGAUGACUGCACUCAGACAUCCACGCCCAUGGAGGAAAUACUACAGCAGCCGCAGCUGCAGUCGCGGCCCUUGAGCAACGUGGACAAAAUUAACGAGUGGAUGCGCAGCAGCGAGUUUGAGCGCACCGAUAGCCUCACCGUCGAAAACGGCGACACGCCCACGCUCUCCCACAGCACGGCCCAGACAGCCUUCACCAAUGUAAGCAGCCUGACCGCCAACACGACCAUAACGAACCAACUGAUCGAUGACGAAGACAAGCUCCUGCCGGGCGAUGGCAGCGCCUCGCGCCGCGACACGCUGGAAAAUGCUGCGCUCAAGGAGUUACCCGUGGGCGAGGAGAUGCCGCCAGAGGGUGGCGUAGCCGCUGAGCCGGUGAGUGCCAGUGCCCAGGUCUCGGUGGACAUUGACGAGAAUUUCGAUGAGACUGCGACAUAUACGAGUCUGCAGAUCGCAUACAACCAUCCUGUCGAGAUGCCUCAGAGCCAGAUUUAUCAUGCCUCCAAUCCGUUUAGCCAGCUGGACGAGGCGGAGCUCGUGGUGCUAACCAAUCCGCCAGCGCCAAGGAUUAGAGUGAACGCCGCCCAAACGCCAGCUACGCCACCCUCACCGCCUUUGCCGCUGCCACCGCGUACCCCUUCGCCGGAUCCGGAACAGCGGCUGCCUCCGUUGCCGCCCAAGCCGCGCAAUUCCCAAGAUUUGAGCGUCAGCGAGCAUAGCGUCUCUAAUUCCGUGUCGUUGAGUCGGUCGCGCAACGGCAGCGUCAGCUCCACGCGCACCACGCCUUCGCCCAUUAUUAUUAUGCGCACACCCGACCAGAGCUCCACCAAGCGGCUGCCCACGACCACGCCCAGCAGCUCGACAUCGUCAUCCGCAUCGCCCAAGAAACGCCAGGGCUUCUUCUCGCGCUUGUUUUCGCGCCGUCGCAGCCGGACCGAGGACGAGGGGACGCUCACGACCAAACAGCAGGAGCUCAGUUCACGGGCAACCACGCCCACGGGCAGCCGUGAGCCAAGCCUGGCACAGUUUGCUUUGGGCGAUCCGAAUCGCAGCUCAGUUCGAUCUCUGCAACCGCCCGGCUCGAGUCCUUUGCGCGGUGGCCGCCCGGUGGGUCGCAGCUCCAGCAGCGUCUCGGGCAAGCGGCCCGCACACUUGGAUGCGGAUGUCAUUCACAUACCACUAAAAGGCGGCGACAGCGAGAACAGUUUGUUGCGUCCGGAGAGCUACUCGAGUGCCAGCACACUUACCUACGGCAGGCCGCUGGAUCGCAAGACGCUGAGCACGCUCCAGCUGGCGGAUAUACCAAUCAGUGAUGGCAACAUGGAGUUGGUGGCCAUUGCCGAUCGCCAAAGCAUCAGGAAUCUGUGCGAGGGCGCUUACGGCGUCGUCCUCGAUCCCAGCGUCGACCUCUCCGAGGCAGAGCAUUUUGCGCUUUACACGAGCAAAUCGCCGGAGCCGGAGCGCGAGAUUGUGGGGGGCGGCGGCGGCGGAGGGGAGCCGGAAGUCGCGGACUUUCUGAGUGCCGAUGAGAUUGCACGCCGUCUGGCCGAGGCCAACGGGCUGCAGUAGACCGGGAGUCGGGAUGCACACACAAUUUAAACGUUAAAUACAACUUUUGUCUAGUCGUCUUUUCUUUCAGUAUUAUAUA